AUGUGUUUCUUAUCAAAAUAUUUUCACUUGAAGGAUUUACAUGAUAUUGGAUUUGAAGGUAAACGUUCUGCAAUUAACAGAGCUAGGAGACUAAGAAAAGUUGGUAAUAAAAUUCCACCACCGUUUCCGAAUGGAUGGUUCUCAAUCAUUGAAUCAAAUCAGAUUCAACCAGGAACAGCGAAUAAUGUGAAUUGUCUUGGUGAAAAUUUUGUUGUUUUUCGCUCGUUAAAGUCUAAAGAAGUGUUUGUGCUUGACGCUUACUGUCCACACAUGGGUGCUAAUCUUGGAGUUGGUGGGAUGGUCGAUGGAGAUUGCAUUGAAUGUCCAUUCCAUCAAUGGAAGUUUAGAGGCUCUGAUGGAGCGUGCGUCAAUAUCCCUUACAGCGACAGUUUAUCUGAGAUCGAGAAAUCAGCGAGAAUAAAAAAGUGGAAGUCUCGAGAAGUGAAUGGUUUGAUUUUCGUUUGGCAUCACGCAGAAGGGGAAGAACCAUGGGAAAUACCAGUGAUCCACGAAAUAGACAACAAUGAAUGGGUCUUUCAUGGAAAGAAUGAAUGGAGUUCAGGAGAAGAAAACAAACACGUCGCAUCAAUUGCGAUGACACAUUCGGUUAAGUUUUGGAAGUAUGAGUUUGUGAAAGUUAAUGUGACAGUGAAGCAAGUUGGACCUGGAUAUGUUUUGUUGUUCUUACAAUCGUCAUUUGGACCUUUGGUUGCUUUACAAACUGUGACACCAGUUGAACCUUUGGUGCAAAGACUUUCUCAUUAUUUUUACGGUCCCCGAUACUUGGCGUGGUUCAUUAAAUUCUCUCUCAUUUGUGAAACUAUUAACGUUGCGAGAGAUGUUAUGGUAUGGAAUCAUAAACAAUAUGUCAGCAAUCCUUUAAUUGCCAAGGAAGAAAAACCAAUCAAAUUAUUCAGAAAUUGGUUUGGACAAUUUUACUCUGAAAACAGCAAAACUUUUGCUGACUCAAACAAUAAUUUAACAUGGUGAAGAUUUCUUAUAAACAGAAUUUAAAGUAGGAAGAGAUUUAAUUAUAAUUGAAGAAGACUUCACUAAUUCAUCGAUAA